AUCAACUAGUAGUAAAGGAAAACCGGGGCAGACAUGAGGCUAACGGUUGCUCAAACGGAAAAUUGCGUCUGAAUUACCAUAGAAAUCACCUGUUGCGGCAGUUUUGGGUUUUUUCUUCUAAACCAGAGCCACAAUGCAGCAUGGAUGAACUAGUGAAGGACACGUAGUGGAGAGAACAAAAACAACAAAAAAAAACACGGAAGCAACGCAGAGUAAACCCUUUUUUUUUUGUUUUUUAUCGCAACUCAGACGUUAUGUCUACCUUGACAAAGCACAAGAGAACAGUUUGUGUUCUCCUUCCCAACAAAGAGCAACUGGACAUCACUGUGGGGAUUAACGCCACAGGACAGGAUGUUUUUAGUCGUGUAACGGAACAUCUUGGAAUCAACGACCUACACUUUUUUGGCCUCACGGUGGUGAAAGACAACGAGCACAUCUUUUUAGACCUGGAAGAGAAACUGGUGGAGUAUUUUUCUAAGGAAUGGAAGCAAGAGCCUGGAAAGGUAUCCCAGAAGAGACUCUUCACUCUUGUACUCUUCCUCAAAAUACAGUUCUAUGUAGAGAAUGGAAUACUCAUUAGUGAAAAGAAGGCACAGCGUCUUUACUUCUCAGCUCUGCGGGAGCGAGUCCUGCGCUCCGAAUGUCGUCAGCAGGAGGAGGUGUACUUCCAGCUGGCGGGUUACGCUCUGCAGGCCGACUUCGGUGAUUACCUACUGUCGAGGGAGGGGGCAGAGGUCAAAUCCUAUUUUGCACCCAAGCACUACUUUCCCCCCUGGAUUGUUGCUAAACGCGGGGAGAACUACCUGCUGUGCCACGGGCCUAAAGUACACCAGGAGCUGUGGGGAAUGUCCACUCGUGAUGCAAUCCUCUGCUUCAUCAGAGACUCGUGUCAGCUGGAGGACGUUCCCGUUACAUUUUAUAGAUUGCAAAAGGACAAGAAGGAGGACAGGAGAACGACGUUGCUCGGCCUCACCCUGUGGGGAAUGCAGGUUUAUCAGGAGGUGAACAACACUCGACAGCUGCUUUACGACUUCCCCUGGUCAAGUGUCGGUCGUCUAACCUUCCUGGGCAAGAAAUUUGAGAUCCAGCCAGAUGGUUUGCCAUCAGCCCGAAAGCUGGUUUACUACACCGGCUCGUCGUUCCGCUCUCGGCAUCUCCUCUUGCACCUGAGCGGCAGCCAUCAGCUGUACCUCAAGCUCCAACCUGCACUCAAACACCUACGCCAGCUGGAGGACAGCAAAGAGAAACAGUAUUACAGAGAGUCUUACAUCAGCGAUGAGCUAGAUUUAGACCCCCCGGGCAGUGAGAGCAGCCCUGGUCUGUCUCGACACUCCACCAGCAGCUCUGGGAUUGAGGCAGACACUCGGCAGCACAGCAUCUGCGCAGAAAUGACCUCCAGUGAAGAAGAACAACACGGAGAGAGAUGUUUGAGCUCAGAAGCCAGUCAAGACAGCUCGUGCACCUCCGAGUUCUUCACAGGCUGCAAAACUCAAACAGAGGAAGAAAUUAGGACCAGUUUUGGAGAAUCAAAGGAGGUUCUGGUCGAUGAUCCUGACCAGAUGUUUCACCUGGCAGAUCUUCUGGAAGGAAUGUCAGUGGAUUGUGCAGAAUUCUACUCAAAGUCUCUUCUACAAGAAAACAAAGAGAGUGCUCCUCUAGACAACAGUAAGAACGAUGGAGAGUUAUCUAGCAGGGAAACCUUUAAAGAGAAACUCAAAUCCAACUUUCAACCUCUGCCUCCUACACGCCUUGGUGGGUCAUUACCACCUGACUCCUCUAAAAACUACACCUUCGACUUCCCAGAUGCGAUCAAUUCAAACCUUUUAGCGGAGAAGAGCUCUUCCCCGCUCGUGCAAUGUCCGUCCAAACCCUCCUUUUAUGGCCGUAGAUCUACCAACUGCCUCUCCCUGGAUUUGUUAGGCGAUGAUUCCUUUCAAGAAUUCAUCUUCUGAGCACAUUGACUCUGAUAAAUACACGUAUUCACUUGGUUUCCUUUAAAGUUCUGUUUAUUUUGGAAGUCAUGAAUGUCUUCAUAUUACAGGAACAUGAUUGAAAAAUCUCUUGUGAAUGUCUGAAUAACAGAUUUCGCCACAGUCCAGUUUGUGAACAGGAUAUUUAUUAUUGUAUAAUGUGUAUAUAAAUGAGUUUUUAUUACAGUUCAUUUUCUAUGACCAAAAGCACAUGUAAUCAAUGUUAAGCCUUCUCUGAAAUGCCUGAUGAAAGAUGAUUUCAGCAAAUAUUUUUUUAAGUUUUAAACCUGCUUUUCUAAAACGUCGCUUUCUUGCUGUCAGGGUUUUGUUUUUUUUAUUUUUUUAGAAAAUACUUCAGAAGUUGUGGUAAAAUAUCUGUUUUGUAAUCUUUAUUUUUGUAAUCAUUUUGUAAUAAUAUACUGUUUUUAUACUAUCUGAGCCAGCCAAGUUUUCUUUAUUAUUCUCCUAAAGGAUUUACUGCACCAUUUACAGGUCAUUCAAAGUUAGUGGGAUGCUAUUUCUGUAAUUAGUGUACAAUGAAUGCAUUAUUUUCUUAUAUGAUCCAACACAGAGCCAGUUGUUCCCUUUUUUUCUUUCUUUCUUUCUACAUAUUGUUUUUGGGGCAUUACAUAAUUGAUCUGAACUUUUGCCAACAUGACCAAACUAGGAAAGAGUGUCUCAAACCAUGAAAUUGCAAAUAAAUGUGAGCAAUAAUCCUAAAUUCAUAAAGCAUAUUUUGUCUUUUAAUUUUUUAUUGUAUGUUCAAUGGAAAAAAGACUACUCCUGGAUUAAAACAAUUUGUUUUGGAGAAAUAUCA